AUGGGGAGGGCGGAGGAAGGGGAGAAAGAGGAGGAGGGGAGGGGGAGAAAGAGGUGGAGGGGAGGGGGAGAAAGAGGAGGAGGGGGAGGAAAGGAGAAGGGGAGGAGAGAAGAAGGGAGAGAGAAGAGGAGAAGGGGUUGGAGGAGAAAGAGGAGGAGGGGGAGGGCGGAGGAAGGGGAGAAAGAGGAUGAGGGGGAGGGGGAGGAAGGGAAGAAAGAGGAGGAGGGGGAGGAGAGGAGAAGGGGAGGAGAGGAGAAGAGAAAGAGAAGAGGAGAAAGGGUUGGAGGAGAAAGAGGAGGAGGGGGAGGGCGGAGGAAGGGGAGAAAGAGGAUGAGGGAAGAAAGCAGGAGGAGGAGGGGAGGACAGGUGGAGGAGGGCAGAUAG